CUGUGCCCGGGCCUGUCUGUAAUCCGCCUCCUAUCCCGGCCAUCCGAGCUCUGAGCGCUGUGUGAGCGGGUGGUUCUCACAGGGCAGAGUGGGCUCUCUCCGGCACCAUGGUGCGCAUGAACGUUCUUGCAGAUGCCCUUAAAAGCAUUAACAAUGCAGAGAAACGUGGCAAGCGCCAGGUCCUCAUCAGACCGUGCUCAAAAGUGAUUGUGCGAUUCUUAACAGUGAUGAUGAAGCAUGGUUACAUUGGAGAGUUUGAAAUUAUUGAUGACCAUAGAGCUGGAAAAAUAGUUGUAAAUCUUACAGGCAGACUUAACAAGUGUGGCGUCAUCAGCCCCAGAUUCGAUGUCCAGUUGAAGGAUUUGGAGAAAUGGCAAAACAAUCUCCUCCCAUCACGUCAGUUUGGAUACAUUGUGCUAACCACUUCAGCUGGCAUUAUGGACCAUGAGGAAGCAAGGCGAAAACACACAGGAGGCAAAAUCCUGGGAUUCUUUUUCUAACUGUGCAACAGACAGGCCAAUAAACUGUUAUCAGAAAAA